AGUUUUGGAUACUUGGUAACGCUUUGAGUUGCAACUUAUCCGUGCUCGUUUUUGACACAAUGUAACUGACAAGCGGUCUGUGGCAACGUUGUAGCGAAAUACAACUUCUAAACAUCCAUCUGAUAUACUGUAGGAGCCUAGGUUGAAUAUUUCACGUUUGAACCAUAUACGUGCACUUCGCCUGGAUCAGCAAAGUUGAGCCAUCCAUGGCUAGCUAAGUUAAUGGUGUCAGGAAAACACGCCUUCUGCAACACCAGUCCAUUCUAUCCCUGUGAGGAAUCUGCCGUGUAACCUCAAAUUGUGCAUCGACGACUAUCUGCCGAUGAAUUUAGAGAUGGAAAGCGAAACCUCUGAAUGAGCCACCUCAAUACCAUGCAUUGUAGGUGGGAUGGCAUCCAAGCUGUUGGACAGGCUUCGACGGUCGUUCUUCAAAGACGGGGAAGCACCCUCGGAGGCUGAAGGUGCCGAUGAGUUUCCGGAGGUCUCAGAGCUGGAAGAUGACACGGACUGCGUCUCGGCAAAGCUCGGAGGAACUCUCUGCUUCGAAGGCGACAGCGCACUGGAGUCUGAAGAUGCAGGAGAAGGUUCCGGACCUGAGAGUGAUUCUGAUUUCCUGGGAGAGUCCUUGGAUAAUGCAUCCAGUAGCACAGACACCAGUCCUGUGGGUUUGUCACCGACGGGCUCAACAAUGUUGACGAGGCAGCUGCAGGAGAGUUGGCGGAGUAUGCGAACUCGCAGCGUGCCUGAGAGACUUGUUUUCGAAGUGACUGAUGCCAGCGUGGUCCAAGAAGGCAGUUCUAAAUAUGUGCUCUACACUAUUCAGGUCAUCCAGUCUGGGGGCUUCGACAAGACCCCAGGCGUCAUCACGCGACGCUACUCCGCCUUCGAGCAGCUGCACGGCCGCUUGCGGCGUCGGCACGGGGACGAAAUGGAGGGCCUGUGUUUCCCACGCAAGAAGCUGCGCAAGAACUUUGCGGCCGAGACCAUCGCCAAGCGCAGCCGGGCCUUCGAGCAGUACCUGUCGCACCUGCACUCGCUGCCGGGCCUGCGGCGCUCGCCCGUCUUCCUGGAGUUCUUCUACCUGGGCGACCUGAGGGCCGGGCAGAUGCUGAUCCGCGUGGGCCGCUACCAGGACGCCGUGAGCGCCUUGGUCAACGCCAUGAGGCUCCAAGAGAAGCUGGGGUGCCAGCAGAUAUUGCAGCAACACCAGCAGCAGCAGCAGAGCCAGCAGCAACACAACCAGCCACAGCAGCAGCAACACCAGCAGUGCUGUCCACAAGGGGUCCACUGGCUCUUCAACCUGUGUGCGCUGGUGAGUUGUCACCAGGAACUGGACCAGCUGGAGGAGGCUCAGGAGGCGUGUGACCGGGCCCUGAGAGAUAUCGCCCCUUCCCAGGAAGCAAUGCAGCAGCACCAACAGCAGCAGCAGUGGCUGAGGCUGCACCCGCUGCUGAUUCCUCUCCUGCAGUGCAACGUCAGGCUGUCGUGGAAGAUCUCCAAGGACAAGCGUCAGUGGGAGGCACUGCUGCAGGAGAUCCAGGAGCUGGGGCUGAUGGACACGGCGGGCAACCAGGUCAGCCUGAAGGAAUACCUCAUCAAGGAAGUCCUGGAGGACAGCGAGGGCGACGCCAGGUCCAAAGUCAAAGGAGAGGACGCCACUUAAUCAUUCACUUGAAGGCGAAUACUGUGUGUGUGUGUGUAUGUGUGUGUGUGUGUGUUUGUUUUCAUUUGUUUUGGUUUGUUUGUAACACUUUAUAAUAAUGGAUGCAUACAAAACAUUAUAAAGACUUAACAAAUGAGGAACAAAACAUUAAGAAAUGUUUUUGUUAUUUACUAAGUUUUAUUAAUGGUUCAUAAAAUAUCUACAAAUAAUAUGUUAAAGAUUUUACAAACCUUUUAACAGAGUAUUUUUUUUUUAUUCAUUUACAAAACAAUUGCAACUGUUUUUGAUAAGAACAACUUACCUAUAAAAUAUUAACAUAACAUUUCCUACUCAUUUACGAAAAUGUUAAAAGUUUUGAUCAUCAUUAGUUAGUUAUUUACUAAGUAUUUUUAAUGCUUUUUAUGCAUCCAUUAUUAUUAAGUGUUACCAUUUUGUUUGGGGUAUUUAUUCCCUCCCAAUUUUAAAGAAUUUUACCAGUUCAAACUCCAGCAACCGAUUUGUACUGUGUGCUGUACACUCCAAAACCUGUAAGGGCAUUUCCUGAACACUAAGGACAACUAGGAAAUGUAAGACACGCUGACUCCAUAUUAUGCACGAUGCAUUCAAAUGCAGGUAACAGGAUCAAUCAACACGUCUAGUUAGCUAGAUCGUAUUUGGCUUACAUGAGUUUAAUCAAUCAGAAUACAGUGUAGAGUCUGGUUGUUUUUGUUUAUUUGUUUAUAAGAGCAUAGCUGUGGAAUAGAGGGAAAAUAGAAGGAAAUAGAAAGUGAAAUGUAGGUUAAUCGAGAAAUGUGCGAAACCUAAAAUAUAGCAGAUGUAAUUUAUUUUUAUAUUAAUGAAAGCCUCGUCUGCCUGGUUGUAUCCUCUGAAACAAGGAUAGGAUAGCAUAGUUUGGCUACCUGUGACAAAAUUAAAAGGGCCCUUAUUUAUUGAAAUUUUAAUAGUGAAAAAA